UGGGCCGUGGUUGAGAGAGAAAAAUAUCCUUCGACGAAAUUAAGAUGUCUUAUAGAGACAGAAUGUUCGAUUCUUCUGGUCGGUCAGACAGAAAAGGAUUUGGAGGUGGUAGUGGCUUGCCUAAAGCCUUUGGUUCAUCAAAGUUUGGAGAUAGAGGAGGCCCUAGAAGUGGGGGAGGAGGAAGAUUUGGAAUGGACCGAGGUGGAAUGCGAGGAGGUAAAAUGGGUAAAGGUCAUCAACCAGGAGAAAAUCUACGCAAGCCAAGGUGGGACCUGUCAAGAUUGCCAAAGUUUGAGAAGAAUUUUUAUGUGGAACACCCAAAUGUAUCCAACAGAUCACAGAUGGAAAUUGAACAAUUUUAUAAUGAACAUGAAGUCACAGUCAAGGGAUUAAAUAUUCCAAAACCAAUUUUCACAUUUGAUGAAGGAGGAUUCCCAGAGUAUGUGAUGUCCUCUAUUAGAAGACAGAACUGGUCAUGUCCUACACCGAUCCAAACUGUCAGUUGGCCUGUUGCACUGUCAGGAAGGGAUUGUGUUGGCAUUGCCCAGACUGGCUCUGGUAAAACUGCAGGGUUUAUACUGCCAUCCAUUGUCCACAUAAAUCAUCAACCUCACUUGCAACCUCAUGAUGGGCCAAUUGUUCUUGUGUUGGUUCCUACCAGAGAACUUGCUCAACAAGUACAGGAAGUUGCCAAUGAAUUUGGUCAUGCCUCUAGAAUUAGGAAUGUUUGUGUUUAUGGUGGUGCCCCAAAGGGACCACAAAUCAGAGAUUUGGAGAGAGGAGCAGAAAUCUGCAUUGCCACACCUGGAAGACUGAUUGACUUCCUAGAGGCAGGAAAAACAAACCUCAGGAGGUGUACUUACCUUGUAAUGGAUGAAGCAGACAGAAUGCUUGACAUGGGGUUUGAGCCUCAGAUCAGAAAAAUUGUGGAACAAAUUAGACCUGACAGACAGACAUUGAUGUGGAGUGCCACCUGGCCCAAAGAUGUCAGAAAGUUGGCAGAGGAUUUCCUGAAGGAUUACAUCCAGUUAAACAUUGGUGCCCUUCAGCUUAGCGCAAAUCACAACAUUCUCCAGAUCAUUGAUGUUUGUGAUGAAAAUGAAAAAGAAUUCAAACUUACCAAAUUGUUAGAGGAAAUCAUGCAGGAAAAAGAAAAUAAGACCCUCAUUUUUACAGAGACGAAGAGAAAAGCUGAUGAUAUUACCAGAAGAAUGAGAAGAGAAGGAUGGCCAAUGAUGUGUAUACAUGGAGACAAAUCUCAGCAAGAAAGAGACUGGGUGUUGAAUGGGUUUCGAUCAGGACAGACACCAAUUCUUGUGGCCACAGAUGUUGCCUCCAGAGGAUUAGACGUUGGAGACAUCAAAUUUGUCAUAAACUUUGACUACCCCUCCUCCUCAGAGGACUAUGUCCAUCGUAUUGGGCGUACUGCUAGAGCAGGACAAACAGGAACUGCCUACACAUUCUUCACUCCAGAUAAUGCCAAACAAGCAAAUGAUCUCAUCUCUGUUCUUCAAGAAGCAAAACAAGUGGUCAAUCCCAAACUAGUGUCUAUAAGCCAGAAUGCCAGAUUUGGAGGUCGUAAAUCCAGGUUUGAUCAGAGAGACAAAUUUGGUGGCAGAGACUUUGGCAGGGGUGGUGGACGUGAUAGAGGAUCAGGCAGGGGUGGAGUUAGUUCCAGGGGAAGUUACGGAGGUCGAGGGGGGAGUAGUGGUAGAGGGGGUUCCAGUCGAGGAGGGAGUUCUUCAGGAUUUGCACGGUCAGGUGGAAGUCGAUUCUCCAGCUCAGAUAGGGGUAGUUCUAGUGGUGCAAGAGGGUAUGGGGGAGGGUCCCAAAGUCAAAAUAGUGGUUAUGGAGGAAGUCAGAGUUAUUCCCAAAAUGGGUCUUCAUCUGGAAGCUAUGGACAGCAGAAUGGAUAUGGAAAUCAGCAGAGGAGUAACAAUAGUAGUGCCAGUGGAAAUGACUGGUCUAGCCAGAUGGCUUACAUGUUUAAUAGUUGGAGUGGUCAACAAUCAUCAGGGCAGCCCCCACUUCCCACAGGAAAUCCUCCCCCUCCACCACCUAUGUGAUGGAAACCCUUAUUAAGUUCAGGAUUUUUUUUUAUGUGUAAUUUUUACAUUAUGGUAGGAAUCUGUUUUACUGUGAUCAUGUUUUCCUCUCAUGCCAUUUUCUUUUUAUUUAUAUAUUUUUUUAAGUUCGGUAUUCAUACUUGUGUAAGUGACCAAUUUUAGUGAGAUAUUCAAAGAACAAUUUCAUAUAAUAGAAAUCACCCAAAGUCUUUGGGAAUACAGCAAAUUUUUGUUCAUUAUUGUUGUCAUGUCAAAAUAAAAGGAACUUCAACUCUA